AAGAAGGAGGAGGCAGCGGCGGGGCUGCCGCAGGGAUGGCGGCGGGUUUAACCCCUUCGCACCGCCCCGCGGUGAGCGCGCAGCCUCCGCAGUCGCCAUAGAGACGGCGGCGCGCGCCAUGGGGCGGAGGCCGGGCCGGGGGGCGCCGCGCUAGGACCCCGCGCUGCCCCCGCCCCCCCCCAGCGCAACGCCCGGCCCAGUCAAUGGUUAAAUGGAAGCCACUCCUGGGAACUGGAUGGUUUCUACUGACAUAGACCUUGUGUAGCAGCUCCACCGUGUCAGGAGAUUGCAAUGAGUGGAGGAGGGGAGCAGCCUGACAUCCUCAGUGUGGGAAUCUUGGUCAAGGAAAGAUGGAAGGUGCUGAGGAAAAUAGGAGGUGGAGGAUUUGGAGAAAUUUACGAUGCACUGGACUUGCUUACUCGGGAAAAUGUUGCACUGAAGGUCGAAUCAGCUCAGCAGCCAAAGCAAGUGCUGAAAAUGGAAGUAGCUGUGUUGAAGAAAUUGCAAGGAAAAGAUCAUGUCUGUAGGUUCAUUGGAUGUGGAAGGAAUGACAGAUUUAACUAUGUGGUCAUGCAAUUACAGGGUCGGAACUUGGCAGACCUGCGUCGGAGCCAGUCUCGAGGAACAUUCACCAUUAGUACCACUCUGCGACUUGGGAAGCAGAUUUUGGAAUCUAUUGAAAGUAUUCAUUCUGUGGGGUUCUUGCACAGAGACAUAAAACCGUCUAACUUCGCAAUGGGACGUUUUCCUAGUACCUGUAGGAAGUGUUAUAUGCUGGAUUUUGGCUUGGCACGGCAAUUUACCAACUCAUGUGGGGAUGUCAGACCACCACGAGCUGUCGCCGGUUUUCGAGGAACAGUACGAUAUGCAUCAAUCAAUGCUCAUAGAAACAGAGAAAUGGGUCGGCAUGAUGACCUCUGGUCCCUGUUCUACAUGUUGGUGGAAUUCGUUGUUGGGCAACUGCCUUGGAGAAAAAUAAAAGAUAAGGAGCAAGUGGGCUCCAUUAAAGAGAGGUACGAGCACAGACUUAUGUUGAAACAUCUUCCUCAAGAAUUCAAUGUCUUUCUGGAUCACAUUUCUAAUUUAGAUUACUUUACCAAGCCUGAUUACCAGCUUCUCAUGUCUGUGUUUGACAACAGCAUGAAAACAUUUGGGGUUAUUGAAAGUGACCCUUUUGACUGGGAGAAGAGUGGAACUGAUGGCUCUCUGACAACAACAACAACUUCAACCACACCUCAGUUACACACUCGUCUUACUCCGGCUGCAAUUGGAAUUGCCAAUGCCACUCCUAUCCCAGGAGAUUUGCUGCGAGAAAACACAGAUGAGGUAUUUCCUGAUGAACAGCUCAGUGAUGGAGAGAAUGGUAUUCCUGUUGGUGUCUCGCCGGAAAAACUACCUGGAUCCCCUGGGCAUCAGCGUCCUCAGGAAAAAGACGUUUGGGAAGAAAUGGAUGCAAACAGAAACAAAAUAAAACUAGGAAUCUGUAAGGCUGCUACAGAGGAAGAGAACAGCCAUGGGCCAGUGAAUGGGUUGCUUAAUGCACCAAGUCUCGGUUCUCCGAUUCGUGUUCGCUCGGAGACCACCCAGCUAGACAGAGAUGUCCCACUGGUGCGCAAGUUACGUUCAAUUCACAGCUUUGAACUGGAGAAGCGUCUGACAUUGGAGUCAAAGCCAGACACUGAUAAAUUUCUUGAGGCCUGUUUGGAGAAGAAGCAGAAAGACCUAAAUGCUGCGGCAGAGACUCCUGUUGCUGCUGUUCCUCAGAAAACACCUGUUCCUGCUCCCAUGACUGCCCGCAUGGACCAUGUUUGGCACUAUGAUGAAGAAUAUCUUCCAGAUGCUUCAAAGCCUGUGUCUGCUAGUUCUCCAGAACACGUUGAUGGUGUUAUUAGCAAUGGAUUUGUAGCUGUCAACUUAAGCUCCUGCAGGCAGGAGGUUGAUUCUAAGGAGUGGGUGAUAAUAGAUAAGGAACGGGAUUUGCAGGACUUCAGGACAAAUGAGGCCUUGGGGCACAAAAUGACUGGAAGCCCCUCAGAUGAAGAGCCAGAGGUACUACAAGUCCUAGAGGAGUCCCCUGCAGAAGAGCAGCCCAGACAGGGUGGUUGGGCAGAAAAUGGUGUCCAUGCCAAGAACCAAACCUCAGGGGUGGAGUUUGUUCUCACCAUGGAGUGUCAUCCUGCUGCUUCUGAACAGCUUACAGAUAAAUUGGAACUUCUGUCUGGAGCUGCUGGACAGCUUCUUGCAGCCACCCCUACAAGUCCAAUGGAAGCUCAAGCAGAGGGAGCACUCACUCCGCUCAACUCAUCUCAUACGCUGCAUUUCUCCACUCCAAGAAUUUCAAGUCCCAUCCUCCGCACCAUGAGCCCUCUAGCCUAUCUAUCCAUCCACUCGGAUCCUCUGAAAGAGGCUGGUUUACCAAGGAGUCAAUCAGCUGAGAGCCACUCCUCUUCCUCCCGCUCAACUGGUCGUAGGCAGCUUCCCGUUAUUCCCUGUGGCAACAAGCUUCCCCCUGUCAUUCGCAUCUCAAAAGCACAACUUCAGCAGAUAACAAUACCCAGACCUUCAGUGGCAUCCACACAGUCUGUUUCAGAGAGCUUUCAUUGUGGCCACCAGCUAGAGAAAAGAGAGCAGGAUGCUAUGGAACACACCGUGGAACUUUCCUCUCCAAAGGAAAGUUUGCCAGGUUUGGUUGUGGCAGAAGAUGCACUUCCAGGUAGUGCUAGCAGACCAGAUUUGGUACUUAAUGUCAGCCAAGAGGUCCUUGACGGGGAAGAAUGUGACAAUGUCCUGGACUGUGGCCAAAAGGACCUACCUGAACAACAUAGUGGGAUACAGGAAGAGGAAGAACUUGAAAAUAUUCCUGUAGAGGAGGCUGAGGAAGAACGGCUUCCAGUGGUUUCUGAGGACUCCAUCAAAAUGCUAAGCAAAGAACAGAAUUCUUCUUUGCCAGGAAACUCAAAAUCCGCAGAGGAAGAACCUCUAACAAAUACUGAAGCUGCUGAAGAAUCAAAGCCAAGGCCUGUCUGUUUGGUGCCAAAUGAAGAUGAGGUUCUGAAGUUGAUAGCACCUAAACAGUCAGAAUUUUCUCCCUCAAAACUUACCAAACCACUAGUUAAUAGACAGGCAAGCAAAAUAGCACCAGUUCAGGAAAAUGGUUUUCAUUCUAAUAAGGAAGAAGUUCAUAUUCAAGACUUGAAAUGCCACCAAGUGGCCCUUACUACCUUUUUGCACGAAGAGGACAAAAAGGAGAAAAAUGCUCCCAGAAAUGGAGAGUUAUUCCACUGUAUUUCGGAAAAUGAAAAUUCUCAUCGAUCUAAGAAGGACAUAGUUAAAUCUCCUUUUGUAUUCAGGCAGAGCCGAAUCCCAGUUUUAGCACAAGAGAUAGACUCAACAUUAGACUCCUCUUCUCCUGUUUCAGCAAAGGAAAAGCUUCUUCUUAAAAAGGCGCAUCAGACAGACUUGGUCAAAAUACUUAUGGAAAAGAGACAGCUCAAAUCUUUCCUUGGUGACCUCUCAAGUGCCUCUGAUAAGUCACUGGAGGAAAAAAUGGCUGCUACUCCAGUACCAUUUUCUGAGGAUGAUGUCUUAUCUUCAUUUUCUAAAUUGACACUGGACUCUCAUUUCAGCAAGCAGACUGAAGAUAGCUCUUUAUCUCCAAGCAGCCCUCAGUCCAGAAAAAGCAAGAUUCCAAGGCCAGUCUCCUGGACAGCCACUGAUCAAGUCACCAGUUCAAGUUCAACUCUGUUCUUUCCUCGGCCACCACCAGGAAAACCGCCUGCUAGACCUGCGGUAGAAGCUAGGUUACGCAGAUACAGAGUCCUAGGGAGUAACAGCUCGGACUCAGAUCUUAUCUCUCGUCUGGCUCAAAUCCUGCAGAAUGGAUCUCAAAGACCAAGGAGUUCUACCCAGUGUAAGAGCCCAGGAUCUCCACAUAGUCCAAAAACACCACCCAAAAGUCCUGUCAUCCCCCGACGCAGUCCCAGUGCCUCCCCUAGGAGCUCUUCUUUACCCCGUACUGCCAGUUCAUCUCCGUCCCGGGCUGGGAGACCCCAUCAUGAUCAGAGAAGUUCAUCCCCACAUCUUGGGAGGAGUAAAUCACCUCCUAGCCAUUCAGGCUCCUCAUCUUCUAGGAGAUCCUGCCAACAAGAGCACUGCUGCAACAAACCGAGCAAGAAUAAUCUGAAAGGAUCUGGCAGUUCCUUCCACCAUUCCCCAAACACUAAGACUCCCACAGGAAAGAGCAAAUCAACCACUAAGCUUAGCAGAUAGGAACUGGGCCUUGACAGGUAUAAAGCCUCCUCCUAAACCUGAUGCAUGUUGUGUCUGUGUACUGUCUAUUUACAAAAAUAAUCAAAAAAAAAAAAGUAUAUUAAAAAAAUGGUGUUGAAUCUGCGCUUUUGAAAGAAAGUAAGCAUCAUAAACUAUUCAUGAGAAAGCAUACUGUGUAAAUAAGUGGCCAGACAUUGCCGAAGAGCAGACAGCAAGCAGAUCCACGAGAGGAGAGGUAGAGGCCAGGAUAAGAAUGACUAGGUAGUCGAAGAGGUGCAAUGUAUUUAGAGUAAAACUAUCUCUAAGGUGAAUGUUUUAAAAGGGUAUUUAUUUCUAUGUUUUUAGUUUAUCUAGCUAGAGGAUUUGGCUUAAUUAUUUAAGGACUUGCAUACUUAAGGAGUAUGUAAGAAAACCUGAAACAGUUAUUCCCAAACUGAUGUCAUCACUUGGGAGAUACGUACUCCUCAAGCAUGUCUUUGCAGUGUUAAAAAAAGCACACAAUUUAGAAGACGAUGGUAUUUCUACCUUGUAAGUUUCUUCCCUUUUGAGCUGCACACAUCUCUGAGUGACUCAGUGCUCAUCUUGUCCCUUGUCUACCAUUGCACAUGUUUGUUCCCUAAGGAAGUAUCAUGUUCCUUGACCCUUCAUGACAUGAUGAUGUUUUAAAAAUUACUACUAAUGUUCACUGAAAUGGUACUAUAGCUAUAUUCUACUGAAAUGUGCUUACAGUACUGAUUUGGAUCCAAUAAGCUAAUUCUCAGUUUUAUAUCAUGCGCUCCUUUGAGACUCACAGUGGAGUUCUUUGAACCAUGUUCAAUAGAAUUCAGAAAAGCAUUCCUGUCUAGAAAAUGAGAAAAAGGAGCAAGAUGUCUGCACUUCACUCAGUGUUGCAGAUUUACAAUGAAAUGCAAUGUAACUUAGAAAACAGACAUACCAUUUCCCCCUUAACACAGCUGCAAGAAGAACCCUUGGUGUCACUGGUUUUUGUUUUUCCAUGAGUUAUGGAUCACUUAUACCAUAUGCAAAGAUGAUUACUACCAACCAAGAUUUGCUUUUUUGGUCAUUUGUUUUUAUAAAAAACAUGAAAGAUGAAAAAGAGAUGAGGGGGUUGCCUGUUUUGUGAAUUUGGAGGGUAAUAGGUGAUAGAUACACCCUUACAAAUUCUGGAUGAGAAUGUUAGUCAUCAAGGCAAAAUAUACAGAAAACAAUCUGAGCUAUUUUUUAUGUUGCAGUCCUCUCAUUCUUUUGCCUGAAUAGUUUUUGAUAGCCAGGCUUUGUUUUCUGUCAGUAAAGUCCAUGGUGUCUAAUUCCUCCAGCUUUGGUAGUUAUUUAAUAAUCUCCUAUGCUUUACGGGAUCUCUGUAGGGAACCUAACAGUACAGCACCUUUUGCUAUAUUCGGAAGAGAAUAACGGGUCAGAAUAGUAACACAUAAGAACACAAGCCUGAGAAAGAUGCAGCCAGCUCUCCCUAAUUAUUCCUGUUGUGGGGAUGCUGGAUGCAUAGGAAACUUGUCAGUUACUGAUCUGCUUGCUGUAGUCAUAUGCCUCUCCAGCCAGCAUCUGUGCUUUUUUAUUUAACCUCUGCCAAAUGAAUACCUUUGGAUUAAAAAGGGAAUAUUUUGUCUCUGAGCUAACACAUUCUAAUGCUGCAUUUAAGCUGCCCUAGAGCUGCACGGAAUUUCACUUGCUUUGUCAGACUAUGUUGAUUUUUUUUUUCUUUUCUUGCUAUGAAUAUAUAGUUUCCCAUAUGUAAUGUAGCACAGUGUGGAACCUUAAUUACAUUCAGGUUUCAAACACUACAGAUGAAUGCAAUAGGUAGGGUAUACCUGCUUUUUCUGAAGAAACUGUACCCUUGGAAAGUCCUAUUUCUUUGUAUUAUAUUGUAUAAUAGGUGCUAUACCAAUAAUUGCAUGUCCUCAUGGUAAAUUAUAUAAUAUAAAUAUUUAUAUAUACAUAUAUGUAUAUGCUUAUAUAAACUCAUUCUUUCUCAUUUUUAGUUUGUAAUUUAUGGACCACAAAUAAUACAGUUCCCUUUCUGUUAGUUCCUGAAUACUUUCAGCAUUGUAUCUUCUAUUCCCAUUCCCCCCAUCCCCACCCCCCGCAAAUUUCUGGAAUGCACAAAUUCUAAUAGCCUUUAAACCUUGGUACGAGAUUGAAGGACUGCUGAUUUCUCAACCAGCCAAUGUUUUGUCUUGCAGCUUGCUUUUUUUCUUUAUAAUUUUGUCUGUGCAUUUGCAUAUGGCACAAGAGCAGAGACUCAAAGGUAUUUUUAUUUUUUAUUACAAAUAGGGUUUGUGGUUACUCAUUUUUAUUUCAUAAUGUGAGUACUUAAUUGUUAUGAAUGUUCAUCUUACAGGAGCAGUGCCAGUCAAUGAAUACCUAACAGAUGAAUGUGACAACAACAAAUCCCAUCUUUUCCUUCCUGUUUUCCUCAUGUUUCCUUAUGGUAUAAUAGAAAGAGAAUUUGGUCCCAUUGUGAUAUUUUUGCCCUGGGCACUGCUGGAGUUAUGUCUUAAGAUGGUGUGGCAGCCUAUGAUUAUUUUUCCUCCCCUCUCUCUUAUAUCUGAAAAGCAUUUGUUAUGGUCUUGUAAGCUUAUUCCUACAUUAACACGAUCAGUUUUAAUAGGUACCAACUUUAUGCAUCAUUGCCUAAAAUGCUGAAGUUGAGGUGUUUAUAUUUUCUCUCCAGUGUAGCAGGAUCCAGAAACAGGUAAUUGCUUUACAGGUGAGAAAUAAUAGAACACCUACAGAUUUUUUAUGCUGUCUUCAAAGUACAGACUUGUCCAUUGGUACACAUUGCUAUGUAAAAUAAAUCAAUGCUGUAGAAAUUCACUUGUACUUGAACUACUUGCCAAUGUAAAAACAGUAAACUAUGCCAAAAUAGAGAGAUAUCAAUUGUGAUUGAUGGCCCAGGCUUCUUUCAGUGCAGAAAAAAGUAGAAGGACUGUAUGUCCCCAGUUUCACUGAGGAUUCAACAGGAGCUAGUGAGCAAAUCAUGAAGGUGUGAUUGGAGGAGUGAUUGUGAAUAAUUUACCUUGAACAACCCGCUCUUCUGGAGUUUUUUAAAUUGCUUGAUACCCUCCCCCGAGAAGUUUACAGAAUUGCUUACUAUGGUCUAAUGUAGCAAUCAGUUAAUGUAGUUAGGUAAUGGUCAGCUAAUCAACUCAUACAUAAAUAUUGGCUUAAUAUUUCUAGAGGGCCUGUAUAAUCAUCAAGAACUCUAUAAGCUUCAAUAUUUGAAUAUGCAACUGACUCUGCAUAAAAGCACCAAUGUACACGUGUCCCUUGUGCAGAGUGUGAAUGAGUGGUUUAUGGAGGGUUAUCUGCAACAAAUUUUCAGGGACGGGGAAGAUUUUUCUCCACUGUACAAAACUGUUACAGUUAUUCUGCAUAGCACGCAGCAGCUUACACAGGGAUUUUAGCUGGGAAAUAGUAAUUCAAGGAGCUGUUGCUUUGUCUUCUUCAAGCCUCUGUUACUUUGGAGGGCAGUGCAACGGAGCCAUGACAUGUAGCAGAUGCAGAUGCUGCACACGCAUUUCCUCUUCAUGGUGUUUCCUGUGUUGUGGCCAGCACUUUGGAGCAUUUUUUAGAGAAAUUGAGGCAUGAAGCCUUUAAAUUAAAAUAGAACUUGAAAAGACUGAACAUUUCACGCAGACAUUUGUGCUACCGUAUUGCAUGGUAUAAUGAAUCUAAGUUGCAACUUCAAAAAUCUAUAUUAAUAUUAAUAAACAUCAUUAUUAAUUACAAAUGCCAGUUACUACUCAAGUAAACCUCUGUUAAAAGUAAUAGAAGGUGUGAUAGACUAGAGCAACACUGACAAGUUGUAUGAUGCUAGGCACCUACCUACUACUUAAGCAGGAUGGGUAAGCAUAGAAAAUCUCACUCUUCAAAGGCAGGAGCAAUAUGAGGUCUUAACUGCUAGUUAUAUACAAUUAUUCAGGAGGCAGACCCCUGGGGAGUGACAUGGGGCUUUCAUGAUAGCUACCACCCACAUCCUGCCUUGGGAUGUCUGGACAUAUUCUUGCCUUGAAGUCUGCAUGUUUGAGAUCAAGCUUUCUCACAUACCUCAUUAAACAAUCUUGACGUAAAGAGGAGGAUCUGGUCCUAUAUAUUUAAAAAUACCUGGAAAUAUUUUUCAUCUGAAAAAGACUUGUAAGCGCUCUAUCAUUUACAAUUUGUAGUAUUAUGAUAUUAACUAUAGCUGGGGAAACACACAAUUUUGAUUAUAUAUAUAUAAAUAGGCAUUUGUACAUAAGUGUAUCUAUAUAUACUCUUAUAUAGAUACUGUAUAUUGUAUAGAAACACAUAUACAUACAUCCAUAUGUGUGUACAUACAUACAGACAGAAACAGUCUCAGAUAUUGCAUCCUGUUUACUAGAAUUCAUUUGCCAGAGUGAGCCAAGGCUUGUUUUGCUUUGAUUUCCUCUAAUCUCCUCUCCAUCUACUGUAAUUUUGCUAUGCACUAAUUCUGAUUCUGUAUCUCUUCCAUGUCACAAGCCUUGAUCCUAUAGUCCUACUUGGGCAAAAUUCCCGUAAAUCUUUCUUAUUACAGUAACAUUUUUUCAAUUGUUGACUGUAAUGUUUCUAAAAAAAUAUUUUCAUUUUCUUUUUGGUGAGAAUGUAGACAAAGCCAGACUUACAGUAGAGAUUCUUUCCUGUAAACAGAAUUUUUCCAUAAUGAAUUGGACAUCUUUAUGGAACACCGAGGCAUAAAUUCUGGUAAGAAGAAAGUGAUUAUUCAAAUUUCUUAAAAGGGUCUAAUGGUAAGGUAGGGAUACGCGCUCCAAUUUUUAUAUAUGUGUUAAAAUGAAAGAGGAAUCUUCUGAAAAGGAACAGGAGAACAAAAGAGACCUCAAAGUCAAUCUGGUUUCUCAUUAUAGCUGUAUAAGAUAUUAAUUUUUUCAUGCAGGAGUGAUCCUGUGAGGUGACGACCCAUGCCUGUCCUGUCAAUGCUAGUAAGCAAGGGGCUGCUUAGGUGUCUUAGGUUAACACCAUGACUCCCUAUGGCGCAUUCUCUGUGUGCUUUUCCACUGUAAGGAGUGGUCAGAGAACUGUCAGCUAUAGAAAUACAAGCCUUGAUAAUUAUGCAUUACUCCUUCCUUCAGCUGGUAAUAGCUUUGGUUGCUUGUUCCUGUUUCUGAAACUUGUGGGACUACUUGUGUAGUAUUUUUAUUCUACUUCUAGCUAAUGUAGUAGGCAGUGAUCUGGAGGAGUUUGUUCACUGUUUUUCUUUUAGCUCAAAUAUCAUUGGUUGCAAUUACUGUGAUUUUCAGUCACCUGUGACGCCAGCAGAAGAGAGUGAAUUUCAGGUCAUACAGUUCUUAGGUAACACAUGCAAAUCUCAUAAACAUGCACCUCACACAAGAAUACCUCAGCUGUCCACUUGAAGCCAGUCUUCCUUUUCCCUACAGAUAACAUUUCUAAAAAAGAGAAAGUAUAUAAAAGUCAACCUAGACUGUGUAAUAACUGUCUGGAGUUAUUUUAAGAUACAGUCAAAUUCCAAAAAGUUUAAUCACUUAUUUUCCUGUAUUUUAAAUAAUCAGGCUUUUAAAUAUUAACCUCUGAGAGUUUUUCAAAGGAAGAAAUGCAUAGCGGUGUAUUGUUUUAAAGUCUAAUGAAUUAACUGGGCAAUUACAUCCAGGUUUGAACAUGUAGGCUGAUUUUAGUCUCCAUUGCUGGUAACAUUCUCUCUUAAGAGUAACAGUGACAAACUCAAAGCACGUGUCAUUAAUAUAUUUUGCUUUGAUUUCUCCUCUACAUGAAGAGCUUGGAUCCUUGGGUCUUCUUGCUGUUCUUGUGCAGGUGAAACUUUUAUUAAAAUCAGUAUAGGGUCCUUUUUUUCAUUUUUUUUCCUGUUUAGGGAGUGGAGGAAUAAACUCAUUUUAUAAAUAUCAUAUUUGCAAUUGCUGUAUUUUCAAUUAAAAAAUGCAAAUUCUAUAUUACUAUUAUGCCAUGCCAUGCCUUUUGAUCUCUUCUUCUGUAAGAAUUACUGCUGAGAGCCAGUUUUGGCUAAGAGUACAAAGUGGUCUCUUCUAAAACAAUAACACAAGUGGGCCACUCUUAUGUGGUCCUGACCAUCUACGACUGUCUGUUGGAAUUCAGCUGGAAUUAAUUCAAGUUACAGAUGUUUGUUUCCUUUUGAGAUUACUUGAUCUUUGACCUUUUAUGUAAAGGAGCUUUGAUAACAGUAGACCAGUUUGCUCCAAAAGAUGCAAGAUAUUUAAUUUGGUCUGCCUAGCUUCAAAUUGUUUUAAACCCAUAUCUGCUGCAUGGCAGGCAAGGUCAUAAAGGUUUGACACCAAGUGAGGUGGGAUUUUAGGAGCUAUUUCACAUCUUUUCCUUCUGACUGGAUAUCUGGAUUGCUUGCCUACCAGCCUUCUCUACGUCCUCUUUACCUUCCUUGGCUAGAAAGCAAAACUUGGAAUUCUUCUCCAGCUUCUAACUUUCUUUUCACAGAGUCAGCCCAGAGACAAGUUGCAGUGCUUAAGCUAACAGAUGUCAAUUUUCAAAUGCUUUCCUGUGAAUAUCCAAACUAGGAAAUUAAGGAAAUCACCAGCAAUGCCUUUAGACUAUACUGACUUUUUGAAGCUGCCAACCAAUGGCUGCUAAACUAAAAUCUCUGGGCAAUACCACAAAGAAUGAAAUCUGCAUAUUAACUAAAAAUACGAUGUUAUCAUUCGAUAAGACUUAAAGUACUCAUUAGUAAAAUCUGCAGCAUGAUUAAAGUAAGUGGAAAUAGUUCUGAGAUUGUUUGUUACCAUUGAGGAAGACAAAUGUUGAGUCCUUCAAAUUCUCUUGCUCAGUAAUUGCAGUUCCCUUCCCCUCCUUGGAAAUCUUCUAAGCCAUUCAUUUUCUUUUAAGUUUGUGCAGGCACCCAAGAACGUAUAGAGUUAAUGCCCUUGUAACGGUCAUUUGUACAUAAAGUUGUAAUUAUUUAUUUUCUCAUUUGUACCAUAUCAAGGCUUUGUACAAUGUUUUAAGUUUUUGUUUUCAAAUUAUUUUGUAUUUUAUUUUUAUAAACUGGUUCUAAAUAAAAUAUUCAUUCAGCA